UUAGAUUGUGUUUCGUAAGUGAACUCCAAACUUGUUAUUUCACUCAAAUUUCUUUGACGCAACCAAUUAAAUUGGAAAACAGGAAGGACCUUCCACCUUUCACCACAUCCUGAAAAUCUGGAUGUUCAUUUCCGGCCUAAUUGAAAAACACAUCCUUCAAAGAUCCUAAAAUAAUGGACCCUGACAUCCUGAGGGACGCCGGCUCCGAGGGUUCCUUCGGAGGUCUCGCAGACGAGUCUGGAGACGUGUCGGUCAUGUCAGCGGAGGAGCAGGAUUCGCGGGUGACGGUGGACGACGACUCGAGGAGCAGCAGUUCGAUCGGCGGCGACCUGAUGGAGGAGACGAACGAGCCGUCCCUGCUGCAGGCCCGAGACAGUGACGGCGGCACCGACUCGGGCGACGACGAGCUGCCGCCGUCGCCGCCGCCGCAGGACCUCUCGACGACGCUCAACAGCAGCGACGAAUUCAAGCAGGCCGGUGGUGUUUCGGUGAAGUCGGAGCCGAUGCUGGACGAGAAUUAUGACGAUGAUGAGGACGACAGGGUGAUGCUGCCCACGCUGCCCAAGGAGGAGCCACAGGCAGCGUCCCGACUCUCGCCACCACCAGCCAAAAUGGCUAAGAAGAGGGAGAAGACUAAGAAGGAAAUCGAAGAGGAGGAGCGAGAGAAAAUGCAGGUUCUCGUUUCGAAUUUCACAGAAGAUCAGCUGGACCGAUAUGAAAUGUUUAGACGAGCUGCAUUCCCAAAAGCCGCCAUUAAAAGGAUUAUGCAGACAAUCACAGGCUGCUCUGUCUCCCAAAACGUUGUAAUUGCAAUGGCUGGCAUAGCUAAAGUGUUUGUUGGGGAAAUUGUCGAAGAAGCUCUGGACGUGGAAGAGACGAUGGGCGACUCAGGCCCCCUUCAACCAAAGCACUUGCGAGAGGCGGUGCGGCGUCUUCGCUACAAAACCUCGAUUCCCAACACCAAGGUAAAGAAAAUCGCCAACCUGUGAUUACGAGUGAAUGUCGUCUUUCGAGUUGCGCAACAAAGAAGCCCUAGACUAUCAGACAGUGUGCUGUGUUGUGCAGACAAACAAGUUCUUUUAUGUAAAGCGCUGAUCCAGUUUGCAAAGUAAGCAGUGGACUAAUUUUGUGCUUGAAAAGCAGGCCGUGUGAAUGUGAAAUGAAACGAGUCUGUUGUACAUCAAAGAUAAAUUAUUUUUUAUUUCCUAUAAACAAUAAACAUUUCUCGUAGCAUUGUGCUUCGAUACUGUUGAGGUUAAAAA